AUGUUCAGCUGUCUGAUGUUCAACCCUGUCAUGUUCAGCCCUGUCAUGUUCAGCCCUCAUAUGUUCAGCCUUGUCAUGUUCAGCCCUGUCAUGUUCAGCCCUGUCAUGUUCAGCCCUGUCAUGUUCAGCCCUGUCAUGUUCAGCCCAGUCAUGUUCAGCCCUGUCACGUUCAGCCCUGUCAUGCUCAGCCCUGUCAUGUUCAGCUCUCUCAUGUUCAGUCAUCUCAUGUUCACCCCUCUCAUGUUCACCCUACUCAUGUUCACCCCUCUCAUGUUCAUCCAUCUCGUGUUCAGCCCUCUCAUGUUCACCCCUCUCAUAUUCACCUCUCUCAUGUUCACCCCUCUCAUGUUCACCCCUCUCAUGUUCACCCCUCUCAUGUUCACCCCUCUCAUGUUCAGCCCUCUCAUGUUCAUCCCAUUCAUGUUCAUCCCUCUCAUCCCUCUUAUGUUCAGCCCUAUCAUGUCCUGCCCUCUCAUGUUCACCAAUCUCAUGUUCAUCCCUCUCAUGUUCAUCCCUCUCAUGUUCACCCCUCUCAUGUUCAGUCUUCUCAUGUUCAGCUCUGUCAUGUUCAGCCCUAUCAUGUUCAGCCUUCUCAUGUUCAGCCCUCUCAUGUUCAGCCCUCUCAUGUUCAGCCCUCUCAUGUUCAGCCCUCUCAUGUUCACCCCUCUCAUGUUCUUCCCUCUCAUGUUCACCAAUCUCAUGUUCACCCCUCUCAUGUUCAGCCCACUCACGUUCAGCCCUCUCAUGUUCACCCCUCUCAUGUUCAUCACUUUCAUGUUCAUCACUCUCAUGUUCACCCCUCUCAUGUUCCCCCCUCUCAUGUUCACCCCUCUCAUGUUUACCCCUCUCAUGUUCACCUCUCUCAUAUUCACCCCUCCCAUGUUCACCCCUCUCAUGUUCACCCCUCUCAUGUUCAUCCCUCUCAUGUUCACCCCUCUCAUGUUCACCCCUCUCAUGUUCACCCCUCUCAUGUUCACCCCUCUCAUGUUCACCUCUCUCAUGUUCACCCCUCUCAUGUUCACCCCUCUCAUGUUCACCCCUCUCAUGUUCACCCCUCUCACGUUCAGCACGUACUCGUUCAUCUCUUUCAUGUUCACUUCUCUCAUGUUCACCCCUCUCACGUUCAGCACGUACUCGUUCACCUCUUUUAUGUUCAUCCCUCUCAUCUUCACCCCUUUCAUGUUCACCUCUCUCAUGUUCAUCCCUCUCACCUUCAGACCUCUCUCGUUCAUCCCUUACAUAUUCAGCCCUCUCAUGUUCACCCCUCUCAUGUUCAUCCCUCUCAUGUUCACCCCUCUCAUGUUCACCCCUCUCAUAAUCACCCCUCUCAUCCCUCUCAUGUUCAGCCCUCUCAUGUUCAGCCCUCUGUUCACCCCUCUCAUGUUCACCCCUCUCAUGUUCACCCCUCUCAUGUUCACCCCUCUCAUGUUCAGCCCUCUCAUGUUCACCCCUCUCAUGUUCAUCCCUCUCACGUUCUGCCCUCUCUCGUUCAUCCCUUUCAUAUUCAGCCCUCUCAUGUUCACCCCUCUCAUGUUCAUCCCUCUCAUGUUCACCCCUCUCAUGUUCACCCCUCUCAUGUUCAUCCCUCUCAUGUUCACCCCUCUACCCUUCGACUUCCCUACAUGUUUAAGAAUUCCAGCCACGUCUCGAGGGCCAAAGUUCGUCGCUGAGAGUGCAAUGGCUUAUUGA